UGCUUUGAUCGUGCUGUGCAACCUUCUGCAGCAACGAUGGAGUAUAUACGAGCGAUACGGCCGCAUCCCUGGAGACAAGUGGUUAUCCGUGCUGGAUGAGAGCUACUCGGACGGCAGGUAUACAGGGUGGCAGAAAUUGUCCGCUUGCUGCCCGACUGGUGUUGACGUAGAGCAGCUCUUCAGCGACUGGUUUGACGAUGGAGUGGCGGUUUUGAUGUCUGAGUAUAACACUAAUGGACCCGUGGAGGUUGCUGUAGCGCCACCAAUAUCCCGAGACGCGCAAGAGAAACUGAGACAAAACGACUUCAACGUGACUGUUGUUGCACAGGACGUCGAGCAAUUGUUCUCUGCAUCGCCCUCAAUAUUCCGACAAACAAAGAAAAUUACCGAUGCCUUCCUCGAGUUGAGGGAGGUCGAAAAUUUUCUGGACGAAUUGGUAGUCAAGCAUCCAGACCAGGCGAGGGUCAAGCAAAUCGGAAAAACUGAAAAUGGCACACCAAUUCACAUGAUGAUCAUCAAAAGCCAAAUAUCGCCGGCUGCAUCAUUAGCUGGAGCCAAUAAUGUGUCUCCAGUAGUUUUCCUUGAUUCCGGCACGCACGCCCGGGAGUGGCUGUCUGUGUCCACGAGCUUGUACGCUAUCCAGCAACUGCUGGAACAGCCCAGUAGCCCAGCACGGCAGGUCGAGUGGCGUAUUGUUCCAGUCGUUAACCCAGACGGAUACGCUUACUCCUGGAAUACGAAUCGCUUGUGGAGGAAAAACAGAAAGAGCGGAAUUGGCCGAUGCCAGGGCGUGGAUCUCAACCGCAACUAUGACGUAAAUUUCGAAGGUAUCGGCUCCAGUAGGAGGCCCUGCAGCGAUAUCUUCCGCGGGCCAGCGGCCUUCAGCGAGCCAGAGACGCGCGCCGUGAGGGAUGCCUUCUUGGAAGUUAGGAGUGAAGUCAAGGGAUACAUUUCGCUGCACAGCUACUCCCAGGUCAUCAUGCUGCCCUGGUCCUAUCAGCCCGACGUGCACCCAAACCUCAAAAACAUGACGGACUUGGGGGAAGGCAUGGCUAAAGCAAUUAGCAAGGCAAGGGGCACGAAAUUCGACGUUUUCAACACCUACAAAAGCUUUUACCCCGCCUCUGGGACCAGCAUGGAUUGGGUGGCCUCGCUAGGCGUCCCUCACUCCUUGGCUAUUGAACUUCAGGAUAAAGGCCAUCACGGCUUCCUUUACCCUGAAAAUAAAAUUCGGGAUGCAGUAACUGAGGUCUGGAAAGGCAUCGAGUUCUUCGCUGAAGAAAUUGCCAGACAAUCCAGGCAAGAAAACUUUACCCAACAAUAAUGUCAAUAUAUUUGAAAGUUAACAAAUUAAUUUGUAAUCGCAGGCAAUGGUUCUUGAUGCGAUAAUUAAUUUCAUUAUUUUGAUUUCAUGAUUCAUGAACAAACAUUAUGAUUCGUACAAUAAACAUUUCACGUG